ACGGGACACAUGGUGGUGUCAACGGCAGCUCUGUGUUCAAGAGCGACUCGUUAAGACGCGACAGGGCUGCUGUGGGACGAUGCCCAGCCCCUUGUCCCUGACCGGGCUGCGGGCUUUUGCCAGCAGUGCCAGCGCCGCCAUCCCCGCUCGGAACGGCUCCGCCUGAACACAGCACACACGGAUCAAGGGCCGGGGCUGUGCUACUGACCCCGUGCAGGAGCGGGGCCCCGGCCCUGCGCCCGCUCCCGCCCCGAGCCGAGGCACCGCCCGCGACGCGGCCCCGGCGCGGCCCGGCCGGAUGUGAGCGCGGCGCCGCUUCCUGCGCCCGCAGUCCGCCCUCUCCCUCCCCGCCUUGGGUGGUGCCGCUGCUUCGUCCCCGCUCCAGGCUCAGGGCGGAGGCGGCCGCCGCUCCCUGCUCCGCUCAGCAGCAGCCCCGAUGCAGGCCAUCAAGUGUGUGGUGGUGGGCGACGGUGCUGUAGGUAAAACAUGCCUACUCAUCAGUUACACAACCAAUGCAUUUCCUGGAGAGUAUAUACCCACGGUUUUUGACAACUACUCUGCCAAUGUAAUGGUUGAUGGAAAACCGGUCAACCUGGGUUUGUGGGACACAGCUGGUCAAGAGGACUAUGACAGACUACGUCCACUCUCCUACCCACAAACAGAUGUCUUCUUAAUCUGCUUUUCCCUCGUGAGCCCAGCUUCCUUUGAAAAUGUCCGUGCUAAGUGGUACCCUGAGGUGCGGCACCACUGUCCCAACACCCCCAUCAUCCUCGUGGGCACCAAACUCGAUCUGCGGGAUGACAAGGACACGAUUGAGAAGCUGAAGGAGAAGAAGCUGACUCCCAUCACCUACCCCCAGGGCCUUGCCAUGGCAAAAGAGAUCGGCGCAGUGAAAUAUCUCGAAUGCUCAGCACUUACGCAGCGAGGCCUCAAGACAGUGUUUGAUGAAGCCAUCCGAGCAGUGCUGUGCCCCCCUCCUGUAAAGAAGAGGAAGAGAAAAUGUCUGCUGCUGUAAACGUUACCCUCCCCCACCCCAUCAACCCUGUGCUUUGCUCAAACAAUGGAGCAUUCACAUGCCAAUUUUUUCUGUUAUAAAUUAGUUCUCUUCCAUCAAUUCUUGAAUCAGUUGACAAUUUCAUGGUUUCAUUUAAAGUCUGAUUCUUACCUUGCAUCCUUCUAAGAGUAAACUGAAAAGACACACCUAUGUAAAGCCUUAUUUUUAAAAUCCUCUUCUUGCUCAACUAAAUGUUGCCAAACUAUCUGCUGAACUAAGCCGUAUUGUUGUGCUACAAACACUAAACUGUUUUUUAAAGAUUCUUCUUGAAAAUGACUCUAAUUUCUGGUAGGAAAUGCAAAAUCUCUUUCUAGUUUUUCACAGUAAGUAACAGUACCGGGGAAUUAGCAGAACACUGCUCUAAUGUGUUUUAUUCUGAACUGUUUUCCCAGCGCAGCCGUUGCCUGUGGUGCCUCCAGCACCAGCUCUGGCAAUGACUGACACCCCUGAGUCACAGUGUAAAUGCUUUAUCAUUGGUAAGGGCUUGGUUGCAAUCUAGUUCUUGCUGCUGUGAUUGAAAAAAACCUAUUCUUACUGAAGUGUAUCUAGUCCUUUUGACAGCAUUGUAUUGUGAUGAAUAAGUGGAAUAUUGGGUUGGAUCAGGAGAUAGUGCCAGACAGUAUUUUGACACUGUACAGCUGACUUACACUACACUGCCAGAGUAGCUCAGCAUUUUCCCAGAGGUGCAGUGGUGGAGAGAGGUUGGUGUUCAUGGGUAAAUUCCUUUGAAUUUCAAGUAGGGCAUUCAUGUAGGUACAAUUCUGCAUCAGUCAUUCCCACUUUUAUGUAGUAAAUGCUUUUCUUGUAGAAUCUCUUCUUACUGAGCAAUAUAACUUGUAUUUUAAAACCUUCUGAUUGAUAGAAGUUAGCUUUUUUUUUUCUUUUUUUUUUUUUUUAGAGUAGAAUGUUCAAGCAUAUCCUCAUUUUCCUGUUAUUUCUGACCCAGUAAGUUAUGCUUUCUGAGGAGCUUUUAGUCUAUUAACUAGGUGUAAAAAUCAUGUGAAGCAGCUUUACACAUUUUAGUAAUUUUUAUAUUUUAAACCUCUGUAACUGACAAACCUUUCAACCAUCACUAUCUGCAAGGUCCCCCCACUGUAACAUGACUAAUGCAGCCAAGUGUUCUUUCUGUCACUCCAUGUGCAGCAUCGAUUGCGUAACAGUAACUUGGGUCUGUGAGGUUCUGUAAUUAGUGCUAAUGUUCUGUACCUUCCAAACUGGCAGGAAUAUAAUGUUGAACUACACCCUUUCAACCACUAAAGCAAAAUUUAAAAAUAAAAGUUGCAAAAUUGUGAAGUUUUUACAUUGAUCUUUUGCUAAUGCAAUUGGCAGUAUGUUUUGCAUGUAUGACUUAAUAAAUCCUUGAAUCACAA